CUACCCAGAACAUUUACUUCGCCUGACCAACCAGUCAAUCCCCCGCCAAAAGAGAAAAAAAAAAAAAGGGAGGGCCAAAGAGAAACUAACCAAAACAAAACAGCAGCAAAACGACUGGUAGGCAGCAGUAGAGUUGAAAGCGCUAUUGUACUAGUGGGCAAACCAAAUCAUAAUGUCGUACGAUUCUAGCUCAUCUUCGUCUUUCUCUGAUGGCUUCGCUGACCCUAAUUCUGAUCCCAAACUGGUCGAUGAACGAUUCGAUUUCUUGACAUUGAAUGAACCGACCGAAUUAGAACGUAAUCAUCGUGGACACGGGAACGAUAUCGCCGAUGGAUUGUCGAAUCCCGAUAGAAACGACAACGGCGCUGAAGAUGACGAUCGAUUGCGGGUGGAGGAUCAGGAAACUUUCGGCGACGAAGGGCCUUCGAGUCCAAGCAGUAGCGGAUAUGCCGGUGGGAGAGGGAGUAGCAGCGCCACUAGCCCGUCGAGGAUCGAUGAAGCGAGUGAAAUUGACGAUAAUGAGAUUCAGGAACUGAGGAAUGAUGGUUCCCUUGAAGGAAUCUCCGAUUCCCAGGCUUCCUCCUGGGUUACCAGUAAACGCCACGUCGAUGAGGAUGAUGCUUCAAUAUCUUGGAGAAAGAGGAAGAAGCACUUCUUUAUUUUGAGUAAUUCUGGCAAACCAAUAUAUUCCAGAUACGGGGAUGAGCACAAGCUAGCUGGUUUUUCCGCAACACUACAAGCCAUUAUUUCCUUCGUGGAGAAUGGGGGAGAUCGUGUCAAAUUGGUCAAGGCUGGGAAACACCAGAUGGUCUUUCUUGUGAAGGGACCAAUCUAUUUAGUUUGCAUCAGCUGCACAGAGGAGCCCUUUGAAUCAUUAAAAGGACAAUUGGAGCUUAUUUACGGUCAGAUGAUACUUAUCUUAACAAAGUCAAUAAAUAGGUGCUUUGAGAAGAAUCCGAAGUUUGAUAUGACACCUUUGCUUGGAGGAACAGAUGUUGUUUUCUCUUCUCUCAUCCACUUGUUCAGUUGGAACCCAGCUACAUUUCUUCACGCAUACACUUGUCUUCCGCUUGCUUUUGCAACAAGGCAAGCUGCAGGUGCUGUAUUGCAAGAUGUUGCUGAUUCUGGGGUUCUAUUUGCAAUACUAAUGUGUAAACACAAGGUCAAUUUCAGGUUAUCAGUCUUGUUGGUGCACAAAAAGCCUCUCUUCAUCCUGACGAUAUGUUGCUACUUUCAAACUUUGUGUUAUCAUCAGAGUCAUUUAGCAGAAUCAUUUUCACCAAUUUGUUUACCAAGAUAUAAUCCUAUGGCAUUUUUGUAUGCUUAUGUGCAUUUUUUUGAUGUCAAUUCAUACUUGAUGUUGCUUACUACUAGUUCAGAUGCUUUCUAUCACCUUAAAGAUUGCAGGAUUCGCAUAGAAGCGGUUCUCUUGAAGUCCAAUGUUCUUAGUGAAGUUCAGAGGUCAAUGAUAGAUGGUGGAAUGCGUGUUGAGGAUUUGCCAGUUGGUCCAUUGCCUCGAUCUGGAUCAUCUCCUCAUCUUGGCCAGCAAACACUUACAUCAGAAUCUCCUGAGAGGCCUAGGGAACCGUUUAUUGGCAUUGGUGGCCCUGCUGGACUUUGGCAUUUCAUUUAUCGUAGUAUAUACCUGGAUCAAUAUGUGUCCUCUGAGUUCUCACCACCACUUAACAGUCUCCAGCAGCAGAAAAGAUUAUAUAGAGCUUACCAGAGAGUGUAUGCUUCCAUGCAUGAUAAAGGAAUUGGACCCCAUAAAACUCAGUUCAGAAGAGAUGAAAACUAUGUUUUACUCUGCUGGGUCACACAGGAUUUUGAAUUCUAUGCGGCAUUUGAUCCACUUGCAGACAAGGCUCUAGCCAUAAAGACUUGCAACCGAGUUUGUCAAUGGGUAAAAGAUGUGGAAAAUGAGAUUUUUUUGCAGGGAGCAAGCCCCUUUUCAUGGUGAUAACAAACAAGUCAAUCAUUUAAUGCAGAAUGUAUUCUAGUUUUGUUUGUUUGCACGAUCAUAGUAGUUUUUUGCCCUCCUACGUUCAUGAUACCCAUAGGUAGCUAGCAAAUGUAUCAUUCACCUUUUGAAGACUGUUUUCCCUUUUCAUCAAUACCAUAAAACUUAUAAGUGCUAGGAAGAUGCUACAUUAUUCGGUACCUUACUUUGUUCGAAGUGAGGCAUAUUUUGUAUUAUUCCGGUAUGGAUGAUAAAUAAAGUUGACAAAAGUAGCUUUUUACUUGA